AUGAUCAACUGUGACCCUAUGAGGCGCAGUGGAUCUGGACUGCGAACUAAGGCCCACAAUGACGAUUUGAUAUCGGCUAGGUCCGGGAACUUGACCCCUGGUUUGGGCCUCUUAGAACCCAGUAAUCCUGUUUUGAACAUGGUCGUGCUGCUUGAAGGGCGGGAUGUUCUCGAUGUUCCUAUUUCAUUUAUAAAACCAGGUCGUUAA